GGCAGAAGGAGCAGUCAAUGAAAAAUGAAGCAAGGAAGGCAGCACACCUAACAGGAAACCCGGACCAGCGGGACCUCCCUUUGGAUUGGGAACCCAUCUCUGGCCAUGCCUUCACCAAUGGCAUUCAGUACCGUGAUCAGGGCCUUGUCAUCAAUGAGACCGGUCUGUACUUUGUCUACUCCAAUGUGCUCUUCCGGGGCAGUGUCUGUAGCAGCCAGGUGUUGACCCACAUUGUCUACAAGAAAAACCCAGCCUUGCUUGGUAGCCAUGUGCUGAUGGAGGACAAGGGCAUCAACUACUGUACGGGUCAGAAAACAUGGGCCAGGAAAAGCUACCUGGGGGCUUUAUUCAAGCUCAGGAAGAUGGACAGUUUGCAUGUCAAUGUCUCCAAAAUCUCUCUGAUUAAUUUUGAGGAAUCCAAGACAUUCUUUGGCCUAUUUAAGCUUUGA